ACCCACAGUUUUACAUCCCAACCUCACCCGAACCUGGCUCUUCACUAAAUUGUUCUAUUUAUACACUUCUUCACUCCCUCUUUGAACUCGCCUGAGGGCUUGAAAUCAUCCUCUUCAAUUCAAGCAGAGAUUAUCAUCCCUCUUUCUCAGGCUGGAGAUGGCGGUUGGAAGGGGCGAAGCUCUUUACAUUCGAAUAGCUGAAGAGCUCAAAGCUCCUGUUUCAUUAGAUUCGUUAAGGUGUAGUAUUUUCAGAGUGCCUAAUCAUUUACGGAAGAUAAAUGAAAUGGCCUAUGAACCUCAAGUGAUUUCCAUUGGCCCUUACCACCGUGGUAAAGAUCACUUGAAGGCAAUGGAAGUGCACAAAAAGCGUUAUCUAAACAUGCUCAUUGAACGAAAUAAAGACAAGACUCUGAAGGAAUAUGUGGAGGCCUUGGAAGGUCUUAAAGAAGGAGCUCUCAAAUAUUAUUCGGAAUCCCCGAAUCAGAAGGAUGGAGAAGAUAAAUUUGUAGAGAUGAUGCUCUUUGAUGGAUGCUUUGUCGUUGAACUUAUCCGUAAGAGUGCCUCGGGGGAAUUCAGAAAAAAAAACGACCAUCUUCUUACACAUUUUAUUUUGAGAACAGUAAUGCGGGAUCUGUUGCUAAUUGAAAAUCAACUUCCUUUCUUUAUACUCAGAAGUUGUUUGACAUGACUAAGAUGUCAAAUGAAGCAGAUCAGAACUUCAUGCAUAUGGCUAUUGAUUGCUUCUCCAGAAUAAUGCCAGGACGUUGUAGUAAAAAAAUUGAGAAUCACCAACGCAUCAAGCAUAUGCAUCUACUGGGCUUACUACAUGGUAGCUGCGUUUCACCACCGAAGGGAGUAAAUCCUCCCCCAACUGAGGCAACCUGUUCACCUAGGUCAGCAAGUUCUUCAACAACCAAGCCAUCAGGGAUUGCAAGGAUUGCCUCUGACUCACAUCUUAUGAAUGCUAAUCCCAACGGUUUAGAGUCAGCAAGUUCUGCGAAACUCAAGUCUAAAUGGGUGCCCUUGAGGCGUGCAAAGUCGUUUGUAAGAUAUUCUCUACCCGAGAAAUCAGACGAAGAAAAGUCUCUGCUCCCUUUAGAGACAGAAGCAGGAUCCGGAGAGUCUUCAAAAGGGGCUAUUGAAGAUAAUCAUCAUCUUCAGUGUUCAAUUUUACGCAAGGUAAAGCCAAAAGGUCAUGAAGAAAAAAAUUACGAUUGGCAAACGAUGGGUUCUGCAUCAGAGCUUCACGAGGCAGGGAUCACGUUUAAAAAGAUCGAGGAUAGAUUAUUCGAUAUAACUUUUGAAAGGGGGGUAAUGUCAAUUCCAACCUUAAAAAUUGUUGAUGAUACAGAAUCUAUCCUUCGAAAUUUAGUUGCUUAUGAACAGUGCUACAAGGACAUAUAUACAAGACACUUCACAGACUAUGUUAGAUUCAUGGAUUGCCUCAUCAACACAGGGAAGGAUGUUGAAUUACUCCGUCGCCAUGAAGUCAUUGAAAAUAGGUUAGGUGAUAAUGAAGUGAUUGCUGGCAUAUUUAACAGAAUCUGUGAUGCUGUUUUGAUUGCCGAAGAUGACUGCUUCUACUCAGAAAUGUUCAACAAAGUGAACAAACAUUGCAGAAAAAGGACACACCGGUGGAUGGCAAACUUUAGGCACAAUUACGUUAACACUCCGUGGGGGUUAAUUUCCAUCAUUGCUGCGGUUAUCUUGCUUCUACUUACGGUGCAGCAAAGUGUAUAUUCAAUUCUCGAUUACCAUUUUCCUCAUUAAGUAUGGUAAAGCUCCUCUCUAGCUAAUGAAGGCAGGAAUGUGGUGGUAGGGUAUCAAGAGUGAAAGUCGUGUUCCAUUUAAACCAUAUGUUACGUUUGCUGUUAUGGGCUUUGGCAAUAAGUGAACUUAGAAGUUCACACAAUUAUUUACCUGUUUGAGUACUUCUAGAUCAAUUAUUUACCUGUUUGAGUACUUGUAGAUGGUGAUAUCAGGUUAUGUGGGUGUGUUAAGGGUUUGAAAAAAGGAGAGCUAUCUCC